GCACACCGCCAUCCCUGUUCCGCGCCACCGCCGUCCAUCCCCUGCCGCCUCUCAGCUGACUCCAAACACCACGCCGGCGACAUGCCGCCCAAAGAGCUGCCCGGGUUGUACUACGACCCGGAGAAGAACCGCUACUUCCCCACCAAGGGCCGCAUCCCCGGCGCCGCCACCCGCCCUCCUCGCCCUCCGCCGCCGCCCGCUGAGCCCUCGCCUCCUCCCACAGCACGCAGGAAAAGGGCGAGGCAGUCCGAGCUGCUGCAUGCCAGGGAGAUGUACGGCGGUGGUGUGAUAUUCUCCAAGAACAACAAGUCCACCUUCAAGCAGCAGUGCCAGUACACACAGGCGUCGCAGCCGAUGGUUUGGAAGUACCAAGGCACAACCUUAGUGGCUGAUAAGGCACUGGAGGAACUGCACGCCAUGGUUCAGACUCCCAGUGGGCUGCGUGAGUCCAAGCUAUUAGCGACCGGCAGCACGAAUGGUUCAAUCAGAUUAUUUGGGUUGGGAACUGCUCUAGAGAAUUUUGAGGAUGAGAUGGAGUUUUUACCUCAGCCUGUUUGGACUCCCUUGGGAAAGCAGAAAGCAGCAGUGAAUUCUCCACUUGCAAAUAUCUGGUCAUCUGAAACAGCUUUCUCAAACUUCUCAUCCAGUAUAUCUUGCAUAAAAAAGUUCGGGCACAACUUUCAUGAUGCAGCCAGCACCAACUCAUCAGUUCAGCGAGCAUUGGUGGCUACUCUUGGAUCUGGAGGAUCCGGUGGUUCUGUUUAUAUUAUGGAUAUGUCAACUAUUGACUCUGCAACGGUUUCACGGAAUGCUCAUGGAAGAAUUGAGAGAGUUGCUUCAUUUGAUCGUACAGUAUGGACUGCUGAUUGUAAUUCUGAUGGCACACAAGUAGUUCUAGGUACAAACACUGGCGCUGGUUUGCUUAAUUUGGAGACAGGGACAUUAUCAUGGCUGUAUCGUUGUAAAAGUGACAUUCUUUCCCAGCAAUUUGUGCACUCGGGAAAUGUGGUGCUAUGUGGCCUACGGAAUGGGAGCAUAGUCCCUGUCGAUGUGCGGGAAAGGCACAGUAGUCGCCCUACUGGUCGAUCUUCACCUAGCACUGCUAGGGGGACAGUUCCCAUGCUGUCUGCAAGGCAUAAUGCCAGAGGGAGAAACCAGGCUGAUAAGGCAAAAUCAUCUAGGGUUAUCUCUAUGCCUUCAGCAGUUUGCAGCCUGGUUUCUCUGUCAUCGGAUGAACACUACUUCUUAGGGAGCUCCAUGGAUGGAUCGAUCAAGCUAUUUGAUCUCCGUCUCAUUCAGAAGGGGGCUAUACAGUCUUAUGCAGGGCAUGUGAAUUCACACAAUAAUUUACCACUUGUUAUUGAUCCAGCUGAAACCCUACUUAUGUCAGGUGGGGAGGACUGUACCGUCCGUAUUUGGAGCAUCAAAACAGGCGAGCAAAUAUUUGCGAAGAGCGUGGCUGACACUCUCUUCACUGCACUUUGCUGGCCAGAAAGCAACCUUGACUUGGAUGGUUCUUCUUCGCUGUUUGAUCUAAACCACAGUUGGGGGGCUUGGAUGGGAUCACGUGAUGGCCUGUUCUACAUGCAUGGUACUUAAACUGGCUGUGCACUGAUACACUCUGGAGCGGACGGAUGCAAUUGCUGCUUUUUCUUCAGGAAGACGCAUCGAAGACGAUUGAUCCUGUUGUUUCACCGAAAAGUCUGCUCAAGCUGGUGUCGCUGGAGAGAUCUCAGCCGUCAUAGUUGAUCCUGUUGGUUCUGGAAGCGAGUGUUAGUUAUAUGGGAUCUGCUCCUCAUAGAGUAAUAGUGAUGAUGAUCAUGUUGUUUCUCUUAGUGAUAGGUAAGUGACCUGUCUAGUUUGGUAUCAGAGUUACCUUAGGAAAGCAGACCAUAUUGUAUCAUAUGCUUUUUUAGCAUGGCUAGUUAGUCAGCAAUGUGAUAUUUUCUUCAAUGUUAGCAAACAAACAUAUUUCUGAACUCUGUUUGUAUUCUAGCAUCAUAUAUUCAUAUUAGCAAA